AUGAAAAAAAACAACGAAGAUCAACAAACGAUCGAAAGCAUUUUACAUUAUCCAUCAGAAAAAUUUCAAUCAAAACAUUUACCUUUGUUUGUUUUUAUUCAUGGCGGUCCAAACAGCGCAAGUGGCAAUGCAUUCCGUGAUGACUGGCACAAAUGGUCACCAUUGACAGCCUCGGAAGGUUGGCUUGUAUUCGAGCCCAACUAUCGAGCUUCAGUUGAAUAUGGCGAUCAGUUCCAUAACGAAAUUUUUCUUCAACCUCUAUCUCGACCGGGUAGAGAUAUUCUUUUAGCAGUUGAUGAACUAGUUAACGACGGUAUCGCUGAUCCAAAUAGACUUGCCAUUGGCGGUUACAGCUAUGGUGGAUUUCUAACAAACUGA